GUUGAUUGGCCGAGAGUUACACGGUUUUCAGUUCAUAUAGAUCAGAGUCUUUGCAGUGAGCGGUUUAAACUUUGGACCACACAAUGAUUAAUACUGGAAAAUUGGCAGGACGAACUUUGUUCAUCACUGGCGCCUCUAGGGGCAUCGGCAAGGCAAUCGCACUGAAGGCGGCUCGCGAUGGUGCCAACAUUGUGGUUGCUGCCAAGACAGCUGAGCCGCAUCCCAAGCUGCCAGGCACGAUUUACACAGCCGCCGAUGAGAUCGAAAAGGCUGGCGGACGUGCCUUUCCCUGUGUUGUGGAUGUGCGCGAUGAGCAACAGGUGCGCACCGCCGUCCAGCAAGCUGCGGCCAAAUUCGGUGGCAUCGAUAUCGUUGUGAACAAUGCUAGUGCCAUUUCUUUGACCAACACACCAGACACUGAAAUGAAGCGCUACGAUCUGAUGCACAGCAUCAACACGCGUGGCACAUUCCUGGUGUCCAAAGAGUGCCUGCCCUAUCUGGAGAAGAGCAAUCAUGCUCACAUCUUAAACAUCUCGCCGCCGCUGAGCAUGAAGGCAAAAUGGUUUGGUCCCCAUGUUGCCUACACGAUGGCCAAGUACGGCAUGUCCAUGUGUGUGCUAGGAAUGGCGGCGGAGUUCAAGGAUCGCGGCAUAGCCGUGAACGCCCUUUGGCCACGCACGGCCAUCCAUACGGCUGCCAUUGAGAUGCUGACUGGUCCCGACAGCGCCAGCUGGUCGCGCAAGCCAGAGAUUAUGGCCGAUGCGGCUUAUGCCAUACUCUCCCGGGAACCCAAACAGUUCACCGGCCAGUUCUUCAUUGACGAUGAGGUGCUCGAAUCAGUGGGAGUCAAGGAUCUGACGGACUAUGCUUGUGUUCGUGAAAACGCAGACAACUUAAUGGCUGACUUUUUCGUUGAAGCCAAGGGUGCACCAGCUGAAGGUGCAGCAGUGCCUGAGCCGUCUGCUGCAGCUGCACCUACGGCUGACACUAGCGACGACAAAAUACCGCAGCUUUUUAAAAAAAUUGAAUCUCUGCUGUCUCCUGAAAUCGUUGGCAAAACGCAGGCUGUAUACCAGUUCAACAUCAGCGGCGAUAAGCAGAGCACCUGGUUUCUAGACUUGAAGAAUGGUUCCGGUGCCUGCGGUAAUGGCACCCCGCCAGGUGCACCGGACGCAACGCUGUCCAUGAACUCGAACAAUUUCUUUGACAUGUUCUCGGGCAAAUUGAAGGCGGCACCAGCGUACAUGUCCGGUAAGCUGAAGAUUAGCGGAGAUUUCCAAAAGGCUCUCAAAUUGGAGAAACUAAUGAAGGCGCUCAAGUCCAAGUUAUAGAUCAUAAGCUUCCAUAAAUUUAUAAAAAUCGCUCUAAAAUAAAGACUUUAAAAUAUUUAC